CACCUCGCCAUAAGGGAAGGGGUAGGGAGGAGGGAUGGAGGUAGAGAGAUGGGAAGAAUCGCCAGCCUAAAAGGCUAAUCGAUCAAUGGCACUUUGAAUCCAACCGGCUCUCCACCUCACCAUGUGGAGGCGGUAGGGAGGAGGGAAGGGGCCAGAGCGGGGAAGAAUCCAAUUCAUUCUAAAAGGUUAAAGCGACAAAGGCCAGUAAUGGCAGUUUUUGAUACUUUUCCACAUUAGCAAAAGCCCCACAAGCCUUCCUCUUGGAUUCUCUGGAAGAUUUGCCAGCCCCAACUCCGUGUCAUCCACCUCCUCGCUGCUCUUGGUAUCUUGCCCUCAUGUCUCUCUAUAUAAUUGACUGUUCUACUGCUGCCCGAGCCCUUCUUCUUCCUCUGUUGUAUGUUGGUGCUCUCCGUUGCUGCUCUCGACGUCCAGAUGGAGAAGAAUUGGAGCAAUCUUGCGUUGGUGGUUUCGUUCAUGGUGGUGGGUCUGAGUGUUCUGCUGAAGGCGUUGCGGGGCUUGAAUGGGUGGUACUAUGAGAGGAAAGCCGGUGAACUCCGUUCGUCUCUGCCGCCGGGGGACAUGGGGUGGCCCAUCAUCGGGAAUAUGUGGUUCUUUCUCAGGUGUUUCAAGUCUGGAAACCCUGACUCCUUCAUCUCCAGCUUCGUUACUAGAUUUGGGCGAACUGGGGUGUACAGAGCUUUCAUGUUUGGAAGUCCAACUAUUCUCGUUACAACCCCUGAAACCUGCAAGGAAGUUUUAAUGGAUGAUCAACACUUCAAGCCUGGGUGGCCUUCAUCUACUGUUGAACUCAUGGGAAGAAAGUCAUUCGUCGGGAUUUCUUUUGACGAGCACAAGCGUUUACGGCGGCUAACGCAUGCACCUGUGAAUGGACCUGAAGCAUUAUCUACCUAUCUGGGAUACAUUGAAAAAAUUGUGACCUCUUCUUUGGAGAACUGGGCAGAGUCUGGUCCAGUCGAAUUCCUUACCGAACUCCGAAGGUUCACAUUCAAGAUAAUUAUGCGCAUUUUUCUCGGCUUAGAAAGCAACUCUGUGUUGGUCUCUUUGGAACGUGAAUUUUCUGCUCUGAACUACGGAGUGCGAGCUAUGGCGAUAAAUAUCCCCGGCUUUGCUUUUCAUAGAGCACUUAAGGCUCGGAAGAGGUUGGUUUCAAUCCUUCAGUCUAUUGUUGACGCGAGAAGGAAAAGGAAUUAUACUGAUACGGAUAGUGGAGAAAAGGACAUGAUGGAUAGGCUGAUGGAAGCAGAGGAUGAAAAUGGCAGGAAGUUAACCGACGAAGAAAUAAUCGAUAUCCUAGUUAUGUAUUUGAACGCUGGCCAUGAAUCUUCUGCUCAUGUCACCAUGUGGGGUACGCUGCUACUUGAGGAGCACCCUGAUGUCUACCAGAAAGCUAAGGUUGAGCAGGAGAUGAUCAUAAAGAACAGGCCUGCUGGGCAGAAGGGGUUGACCAUGCAAGAAAUCAAACGCAUGGAAUAUCUAAAUAUGGUGACUGACGAGGCUCUCCGGUGGGUUAGUUUUUCAUCUGCAGUUUUCCGGGAAGCAACUGAUAAUGUGAAGAUUAAUGGUUAUACUGUACCCAAGGGCUGGAAAGUGCAGGUUUGGCUAAGGAAUGUUCACAAAGACAGUGAGGUCUAUGCAGAACCACUGAAGUUCGAUCCAUCCAGAUGGGAAGGCCUCACACCGAGGGCUGGAGCUUUUGUUCCAUUUGGAGGGGGAAGCAGACUGUGCCCUGGAAAUGAGCUUGCCAAGCUAGAGAUUUCUGUUUUCCUUCAUUAUUUUCUUCGUGGUUAUAGUAUUCAGAGGCUUAACCCUAACAGUGCACUCAUGUACUUACCGCAUCCUCGGCCCGUGGACAACUGCAUGGCGAAGAUAAGGAAGCUGUCUUAGAUGGCAAUUGCUUUUGCUUUUGCUUUUGUUACUAGUAAAAUAAGUGCUUGUUUCCAUGUGUUCAUGGAACAAUUUUGUAAUUGCUCAUAACAUGCUCCAUUGGUCUGGGGCAUUCAUGACAUCAUGUGCCUUUUCCAAACUGACGACAAGGAGAGUGUUACAUUUUUCUGCAGAAUAGUGACGAUAUAGCGUAUAACUUACAAGGCUGAUAAGUAUUUUUUU